AUGUCGACGGUACUUCCUGCACGCCGGCAUGUCAAGGGUGUACGUUUUCACCCUACUGACGCGGAGCUGAUCAACUAUCUUAAAAGGUUCUUCAAGGGCCAACAUUUUUCGAGUCAGUGCCCUAUCCAGUUUGCGGAUAUUUAUGGAGAUCAACCACCGUGGGAGAUAUUUGGAGCUUCUGAAGAGAAAGUUCGCUAUUUUAUUGCGCCGUUGAAGAAGCGGAAGAGUAAACAUAUAAGGUUUUGUCGAACUUGCGCCAACGGGACAUGGAAAGGCCAAACCAGUGAAGAACCUAUAAGGAACCGCCGUAAGGGUACUGUGGUAGGGUUUAGAAGAAGUUUGACGUAUGAAACUAAGGAACGGGAGCAAAACAAAACUUGGCUGAUGAAAGAAUAUUUCGUCGCGGAUGAAUUCUUUAGGGAAAACAAUAUUCCUAAACAAGAUUAUGUCAUCAGCCGGAUCAAGAGGAAGAUAAAAGAUAAAAAGGCGAAGGAUCAUGCGGUCACUGCUAUGGAGGAAAACGAUGUUGCGGGAAAUAUUGAAGCCGUGUUGCAUGGACCUGAUGGCAACUGCACAACACAGCCAGCGGAAAAUCAAGUUUUGGAAGAGCCUGAUCAGUGGGACUCAAUCAUCGACAGGGUUUGUGGUGAACAAGAUGAUGUGGUUGAGAAUACAACUACUUUGCGCGGGGAAUAUGAUAACCAAAAUACAACAUGGAGUACAACCAGCUUGGAACAAGAAGCAUGUGAUCAAGGAGCUAAUCGUCAGACUGAUAUUGGAAUAAGCAAUGAAUUUCGGGAAGCGAUGAAUGGAAUAAUCGAAAACCUUAAUGCUCCUGAUGAUUGGUUGCAGCUUGAUGAUCAGUCUACACUUCUACUAGAUAUGUACGCAUCAGAAUAUUUAAUGUGUUAAUUAGCCCGAACUCUUUCAUUUGAUGAUUCUAUAUUGUUGUUUUGUUUUCUUAAGUCCCAACAAUGGGUGCAGAAACUCUUUGCUAUAUCUUUUGAUGUAUGUAUAAGCUGAAUAGCUUGCUUAAAUACAAGUACUUCAUCAGUUUUUG